GGAGACUCCAUGCGGGGGCCAUGGAAAGAGCGGCGCUCCUGGGCCUGCCCCGCCUGUGCGCGCUGUGGGCAGCCCUGAUUGCACUGUUCCCCUGCGGAGCACAAGGAAACUGGAUGUGGCUGGGCAUCGCCUCCUUCGGUGUUCCGGAGAAGCUGGGUUGUGCCAACUUGCCGCUGAGCAGCCGUCAGAAGGAGCUGUGCAAAAAGAAGCCGUACCUGCUGCCCAGCAUCCGCGAGGGCGCGCGCCUGGGCAUCCAGGAGUGUCGGAGCCAGUUCCGCCACGAGCGAUGGAACUGUGCGGUCGCCGCCGCCCCGCCGGUCACCAGCCCGGUCUUGGGCUACGAGUUGAGCAGCGGCACCAAGGAAACAGCAUUUAUUCAUGCCGUGAUGGCUGCUGGUCUGGUGCAUUCUGUGACCAGGUCAUGCAGUGCAGGCAACAUGACAGAAUGUUCCUGUGAUACCACCUUGCAGAAUGGAGGCUCGGCAAGCGAAGGCUGGCACUGGGGGGGCUGCUCUGAUGACGUCCAGUAUGGCAUGUGGUUCAGCAGAAAGUUCCUAGAUUCCCCCAUCAGAAACACCAUGGAAAAAGAAAGCAAAGUUCUUAUAGCAAUGAACCUGCACAACAAUGAAGCAGGAAGGCAGGCUGUCGCCAAGUUGAUGUCCGUAGACUGCCGCUGCCAUGGGGUUUCAGGCUCGUGUGCUGUGAGAACAUGCUGGAAAACCAUGUCUUCUUUCGAAAAGAUUGGGCGUUUGUUGAAGGAUAAAUACGAAAACAGUGUCCAAAUCUCAGACAAAAUUAAGAAGAAAGUGCGCAGGAGAGAAAAAGAUCAGAGGAAGAUACCGAUCCGGAAGGAUGAUCUGCUGUACGUCAAUAAGUCUCCCAACUACUGUGUGGAGGAUAAGAAACUGGGGAUCCCGGGGACACAGGGCAGAGAAUGCAACCGCACGUCAGAGGGCGCUGAUGGGUGCAACCUCCUGUGUUGUGGGCGUGGCUACAAUACCCACGUGGUCCGCCACGUGGAGAGGUGUGAAUGUAAGUUUAUCUGGUGCUGCUAUGUCCGCUGUAGGAGGUGUGAAAGCAUGACUGAUAUUCACACCUGCAAGUAACCGCCCCGCCCAGGCUUGGACAAGA